AUGCUUGAUUUCUGGGCCUCAUGGUGCCCGCCCUGCCGUGAGGAGGCUCCGGCGUUGGCGCAGGUGUACGGAGAAUAUCGUGACCUCGGCGUGGGGUUCGUCGGUGUCAACUUGUGGGACAAUGCAGGAGACGCUGAAUUGUUCCUACAGGAACAGGGCCACAAAUACCCCAACGGCAUAGACGAUGGGGGUGAAAUCGCCAUCAGCUACGGCGUGAGAGGGAUUCCCGAAAAGUUCUUCAUCGAUUCCGAAGGCCGGAUUGUACGCAAGUUCUCCGGGCCGGUCGACGCCGAGAGGCUGCGUCAAAUCCUGGAUUCCAUGCUGGGUGGCUAG